AUGUCAAUUGACCCACAAACGAUUAAGAAUUCAACAAAUCCAGCUGAAAUCACCGAAGAAAAAGAGUUCCUAGCUAAUAUUGGUUUGACAACAAUGUCAGAGGCUCGCCAGCGUCAGCAGAUAAAACCAAAAAAAGUGGUGCAAGACUUUGAAGAUGAUGAGUUAUUCAUAAAGCGGCCCGAUUAUGUCGAGCGGGACCCGAUUAAAGUUGAGAAACCUGAUCAGCGGAAGACUCCAAAGAAAGACGCGUCCGAAAAAAGUGGAUGUUCUUCGGGGGACGAUGAAGAAGAAGUCAGGAAGAAGCCCGAACCUAUUUGCUGCAUACCCGGAAAGAAAUUGUACAACUUCCUGAAGCAACUCAACUCGCACCGUUGGAUCUGGUGCGAGUUCGUCGAGUCCUUCCUGGACAAACCGAUCCUGGCCUGCGCCUACGACAUGGAGCGCUUCAUCAGCGAGUGCUGUCCGCUUUUGGGAACCCGCUGUUUGCCACGCAGAGGAUGGCAGCUUUUGCGAAGGAAUAUGGGAAAGGCGCGUCGCUUCUCGCCGGCCUUCAUCGAACAGGAACGUGGGGAGUUCGAGCGUACACGUCGCAUUGUCCGGCAGUUGCAGCAAUAUCGUUUCAAUGACCAGGAGGACGGUCCCUACUUGGAGCAAAUACCCAAGCGUAUCCCAUUGCCCUUGGCGACAGAUGCCAAGGUCACGGGAUUUCUGCAAGGACACUCGCUCAAGGGCAUCACCGAUGGCUGUGUCAUGGACUACGAUCCGCAGGAUAGUACUUAUCUGGUGAGGUUUGUCAAGGAUGGCAAGACUGCGGUUCUAAGUCUUCAGGAUUGGCGACUCCAUUCGGAUCAGGAUUCCACUACCUUACCAUUAUCCAUUAUGAUGCAUGGCACCAAAUCGGUGCCAUGGAUUAAAAAGGAGAGUACGAAAACCGAAAAGUUUGGCAAUAAGAGAUAUAACAAGGAGCUCUUGGAAUCUGUGCUUCAGGUUAAGAAAUUACUGGAUGUCAAACAGAAAACCGUAAUGGAUAUUUCCGAAAUGAAUGAGAAUUUCGAGGGUGGCAAGGAUGCAGGUCCUUCAAGCAGUCGUCGCGAUGCCAAGAUGACACCCCAAAAGGAAAAACUUCAACGUCGCUAUGCGGCCAAUAUGAUAACGCUGCAUCGUGUGAACUCGGAUGUCCUGGAACCUUUACAUAUCCUCCACGAAUACCUGGCUGAUUAUAAAAAACAGGAGGAGGAACAGGAGGCACGGGGAGGAAGACCCGCCAGCGAAGUCUAUCAAAAGUGUCGCAUGCAAGCGGAACUGGAUCUUAAAACAGCCUUGAUGGAGAAAUCCCUGAAAAUCCAAUCUGAUCGAACCCGUGAGUUCAUUUGCAAUCUGCACACUAUACUAUAUUUGAAUGGCAGGUUGAGUCGCGAAUAUAGCUGCGAUAUGGAGGCUGUUCUCGCGGAUCUUAUAUCGCAUAUGGUGGAUAAUAUCCCGUCAUCCUUGGGUCUUCAGUUUAAAGAGGCCUUGGACUCUCUGGAACCCCUGCGUCAGCAAGUGUUGGACAUAUUUAAGAACAACCCAAAGCCGGAACGUUUUCAAAUCACCCAACAGGCUCCCAUGCAAACGGAGGAUGGUGUGUACAACUUUGUGGUCGAGGCACAGCCUUCGGAUCCUUAG